CUCUCCGCUGAUAACAGUAACAAGUGUCAACACUGAGCUGGGCAGGAAGCCGCGCGUCUUCCGUGUUGGAACAUGACCGUGAGCUAGGACUCUCCACAAAAGUGCUGGGACAACAAACUCGCCAGUUUUCACGUUCCAAACACUGAGAGAUGGACGGUCACACGAGGGCUCGACCGUGGGGGAAGUUGGUCAGAGUGGAUUGCGGUGAAGCCGAAGUGCUGCUUUUCAACAAGGAAUGCACCGUUGGCCGGAAAAAAGGGUGUGAUCUGGCGUUUCCUGCUAACAAACUGGUCUCAGGGGAGCACUGCAAGAUUGUGCAAGAUGAAAACUCUGGUGAAGUGUUGCUUGAAGAUAUGAGCACCAAUGGCACAGUGAUCAACAUGGCUAAACUGGUCAAGAAACAAACUCACUUGCUUCAAAAUGGCGACGUGAUCUACUUUGUAUACAGGAAAAAUGAGCCCGAACAAAAUAUUGCCUAUGUUUACCACUCAAUCCAAACAGAGCAGGAGAUUUCACAGGAUAGCUUGGACAUGCCAGCCCACAGUCCUGUUCCUGUCGCCUCCUCCGAGAUGAUGCUUUCUGUGGAGCCUGUCAUGCUCUCAAAGGCCCCUCUGGAUCUCACUCAGGAAGAACCUCAGCCGUCCACCUCGACUUCACAUAUCUGUAUUCAACAACCUUUCACACCAAACUCAGGCCAAAUCAGAGACGAGGCCCUAACACGAGAGAAAGCGCUCGACAAUGUGGAGCCGGAAUGCAAGAGAAGGAAAACUGACAAAGACGCUGUAUCACACGCCUCAAGCACAGCGGUUGUGGAGGAUGCAAAGAGAGACAAGAUGGAGGAAUCUCUCACUUGUAUUAUUUGCCAGGACCUCCUGCAUGACUGUGUCAGCUUGCAACCCUGCAUGCACACAUUCUGUGCUGCCUGCUACUCGGGGUGGAUGGAGCGCUCUUCUCUUUGUCCUACGUGCCGCUGCCCCGUGGAUAGGAUCCGCAAGAACCACAUCCUUAACAACCUGGUGGAGGCCUACCUCAUCCAGCACCCGGAGAAGUGUCGCAGUGACGAGGACCUGAAGAGCAUGGACAGCCGCAACAAGAUCACUCAGGACAUGUUGCAACCAAAAGUUGAGCGUUGUUUUUCUGAUGAGGAGGGCAGUUCAGAUUACCUUUUUGAGCUCUCUGACAAUGACAGCGACAACUCGGACAUUAGUCAGCCUCUGGUGAUGUGCAGACAGUGUCCUGGCUACAGGAAGGAGCUCAAUCAGAUGCUGUUUGCGACAGGCUCAAACUACUGGGUUCCGGUUCUGCCAGCACCAUCAUCUAUGCCUCCUCUUCCACCUCCAUUCAAACUAAACACCAAUGAAGGUUCUGCAAAGCCUAAAGGGGAAGAGCCCUCAACAUCUUCGGACAGCCUACCAGAUUCUCAGGAGUACCGCUGCCCUCCUCAAGGCUGCCAUCUUAUCUGCACCUGCUGUUUGCAGCCGAUGCCUGACAGACGGGCCGAGCUGGUCAGUCAGCAGCAAUGUAUGCAGUGCCAGCGUUCUUUCUGUCACAUUUAUUGGGGAUGUCCGAGGAUUGGCUGUCAAGGCUGCCUGGCUCGAUUCAGUGAGCUUAACCUGACUGACAAAUGUCUGGACGGUGUGCUGAACAACAAUAACUACGAAUCAGAGAUCCUCAAGAACUACUUGUCUUCCAGAGGGAAGACCUGGAUGGAUCUGCUCAAGGAGGCUGUUCAUGACAUAGAACAGGGGAAGUAUUGCCUUUCAGAUCGUCGUAUCUCUGCCAAUUCCGUCCUGUGUGUGUGUUGUGGCCUGAUGGUCUUCAAGGAGCUGGCCUACAAGUACAGACAGAAUAUCCCUGCGUCCGAUCUACCAGCUGCAGUAUUGUCUCGUCCCGACUGCUACUGGGGACGCAACUGUCGUACACAGGUGAAGGCCCACCAUGCAACGAAAUUCAACCACAUAUGUGAGCAGACCCGUUUCAAGAGCUGAGCCAACAAAAGCGUCUGCUGGGCUGGCAACACAAUGGAGACCCAAUCUCACCUGCUUGUGGUGACUAAUAGUCCCCUAUUAUUAUGUACACAAACACGAAACCAAUAGUGAACUCUUACACGGCAUUGGGCUGAAUCAAGUAGUGCUAGUAUGCACUUUAUAGCGCAAACAAAAACAUUCUCGCCAACUUUUCAUAUAUAUUUUUGUAAAACUUUACUUUGCUGUUUUGAUCUAGGCAGACUGCGUAAUGAAUAGUUUGGGAUGUAACUUAGUGCGAUAUUUUAGGGACUCCUUCGUGCAUAUUUUAGUUGUAUGCAAAUUAUUAGCAUGUUAAAGAAUAGUUAAUAAAUAUUGAUACUCGUUAGAUGCGUUUCGGGCAAGAUACAAACUUACCAUAACUGUUUUGUGGAGGCAUCAGUGAGAUGUGCCUCUGUUGUACUUUUUACUCUGCAUAAAUAUCCAGAUUUAAUGCUUUAGAGCAAAGGCAAAAUUGUUGUGAUCAAAUAAUGAUAAUAAUCACAUCCAUUUCCUUUGCUGAACACAUCAACAAGUACAAUCAAUAAGAAAUCCCACAAGACUGCAAUCUGUUUAAAUAAAAGCUGGGUGAUGUGAAAUUAGCAAAUUAGCACUGUCGCUAAAUAUGACUUCCGCUUGUCAGAGGCUGAGCUGCACACUUCCAUGGCUCACCUUUUCACAGUUGAGGUAAUGCACUUGUGGAGGUGACCUGUAAGCACAAUGCAAGAAACACUUCCUUUCUUUCCCUUGUAAUAUGUGGGAAUUCUGUGCCAAAAUGGAAAAUGCACUCGCGAAAAAAUCUGAAUAUGACUCCAUUUACAUUGCACCCCAAAUAUCUAGAUUAGUCUCAAAGUUUCAAUCAAAGUUUAUUUAUAUAGCCCUUAAUCACAAGUGUCUCAAAGGGCUACACAAGCUACGACGACAUCCUCGGCUCAGAUUCCACAUCAGGGCAAGGAAAAACUCAACCCAAUGGGCGUAAUGAAAAACCUUGUCUCAAUACUUGCUGAAUAUAACAAUAAAAUAGGCAGACUGGGUGCGUAUGAGUUGUGUUAAGAGGCAGCGUUAACCACUCCCUAAACCUGGCACACGCACUGUUCUGCGUGGAAAAAGUGCAUUUUUAAUGUCAAGUUAUAAAUACGUGUGAAAGUUUACCGCAAAAGUAUUCCUGAACUCUUGGAGUUCUGACAUUGGCGAUUCCGCCAGUUCCCAUUUUAUAUCACAGUGACUCCUGUGGCACACAAUGUUGGUGCUCCUCUUAAAAGACCUUUGUACCAGGAUCGAAUCUUGGUUGAAGCACAGUUGGGAAGAUACAAAAAUGUAUGUUUUUAAUUAUAUUAAAAUAGUUAUUUUCCACUAAAAAAUACCCUCGAACUAAUAUUUUGUCCGUGAAUCUGUUUUAGUACAAAACACGUCUCAUCCCGCCCAGUCAAUACACGUGGUGGUCAAUCUUGCUCGGUUUUCAAUGGGUACUCGGCACCAUUUAGCCUUUCUGGAAGAAAAAAAAAAAAGCCCUAUGCCUGUGUUGUUUUUGGCUGUACGAACCGUUCAAAUCGCGGAAAGGAUAAACGUUUCUCAAGAGGUAAUCAAAAAGGGCGGAAGAGCGCAAGAUUUUAUGAGACGACGAGAAAAGCAUGCAGCUCACACUCUAGUCCAGGCCUGGGCAAUUAUUUUGCCUCGGGGGGCCAAAUUUAGAGAAAAGAAUGUGUCUGGGGGGCCGGUAUAUCUAUUUUUAGGAACACUAAUACAAAACCUCACAAUAAUGUCUGAAUGCUAAAAACAUUAUCACAGACCACCUUAAAAAAAGAGUUUUACAUUUUUUUACUGAAUGAGACACCCAGAAUGUACGUGAAAAUAAAGAAUGUGGAAUUUACAAUAUUAACUAUGAAGGAUAAAACACUGAAUAUUGACAACAUAUGAGCAUCACACCCCCUCUCCAUUGACAUAUUUUACAAUCAAGCGAAAGGCAACAAAAAUGCAACAAACAAAGCGAAAUAUGAAUGCACUGGGUAAAAACAAACCCCACCUACAAUCUGAUACAUCUGAUAUAUGACUAAUCUUUAGAACUUUGUUGUAAAAAUCUCCUUACGCGUCUGUCCCUGACACAGCUGCAGUGAUUUAGAUUACCAUUGUAACUAAUUAGAUUACCAUAGUAACUAAUUAGAUUACCAUAGUGACUAGUAUAUCUUGCAAAAGCGCAGAUUCCAACCAUUGAAAUACUUUGUACUAUUCAAGACUUACGGUCAUUAGAAAACAUCAUUGCACAUCAUUAUAUCUAAAAAAAAUUAUUUGGGAAUGUCCGGCAGGCCAGAUUGAAAAGCUUAACGGGCCCAGGUCUGCUCUAGUCUAAGGGAGCAAAGUCAAACAAUGUGUGAGUUUGCAGUGAUCACUCCGUUAAAGGUUUGAUAGAUAUACUGUUAAUGUUUGUUAUUUCCCAUUUAAGUAUUAUCUUGAUAUUAUUUGUAUUUGCUACGAGUGUUUCGAAAAGCACCAAUUUGGCAAGUCUCCAUAAAAAAAAAGCAAAUGUCAGCAAAAACCUAAACGAGUUAAGCUUUUACCAAAGGCAGCAAUCAAAAAUUAGGCUUUUAGCACAUACACAAUGUUGACAUCUGUAGUUAUAUUUUGAUAAAGACGGGGAAAUUACACUACUCAUAAACGGCGCCUGCAACAGCAACAACCAUUGCUGUAGAUGCAAAGUAAAAUCACGAAAUGUGAACUUACCUGAGCAAAAACGAUGCAUAUUUAUCUAAGAUAAUCUCGAUGCCAAUUUCCUUGACCCAGCCACACACAAAGAAGUUGUAGACCUCCACGCUUUUCCAAGUUUCCAUCUGUUUUGUCCUGUAGAUUGGUGUCUGGAGAACAAUCGUUUUGCCUGAGAAUGCGAUCGAAUCCUUGAUAUCACUCGAAAAAUCUUAUUUUGAUAAAGUAUAGGGAUCUAUUUUUAUAUUGCAUAGUUGUUAUAUUGCCUCUUUGUACUCAGAUAGUUUGCUGUACAACAGCCAUCUUGGCUUGGUUGACCACCACUGGUUUUCACUUUGGCAAGAAGUCACGUGUCGGAAUACAAGCAAAAAUAAUUGUUUCACAAUAAUGAAAAAAUCUGGUUACUUACUUAUUUGUGACUGUAUAGAAAAUAAAACAAAUGCAAAUAGAUGAGUGGGAAACACUGCUAUACUUAGCAGUUGUAGUUAACUUUGCCACUUUGCUUACCAUGCAAGAUGUGAUUAUUUAGCAAAUAUGUCUUUUCAAUUCCCUUUAUAGGGGGGCAGCCGAUAGGUUGUUAGUUUAGGUGUUCUCUGGUUUCUCAGGUAAACAAUGCUACUGUAAAAGUGUCGUAUUAAAAAAAGAUAAAGGGCACUUGUGCACACAUUUCGAUGUCAUUUCUUUCUUUAAAAAAAGUAGCCCAAGCCCUCAUUUGUUGUUUUUAAGUUGUGGAUGAUAGAUACAAAAGGCUUUAUGCGAUAAAAAAGAAAGUCAGUGUUUGUUUUGUCCUUUUGGUCACUUUAAUUGGUGUGUAGAACUGCUGGUGCAUAUGAAGAAACUGUUAAACAGUCUUAGUGAAUCCUGCAUGGACUAUUUGAAAUGUUUGUCACAUUUGUCUUCAUUCAGGUUGUUUCUAAAAGUUGAGUAUGUAGUGUUCUGGAAUGCAGGUAGUCAUAUUUUGUAAUUUAUUCUUUUGUUGUUUUUUAGUUUUAGUGGCAGUAGUCAACAGUCCUGGUCCAGCCUGUUUUGAAUGAGCAUUUUCUUUCCUCUGCCCAGGGGUUUAAAUGACUUUAGGUGUUAAAGUUUUUUGUUUUUUUUACCCCCUUAGUCAUGGUGUAAGGACCAUUCUAGCAUUCCAUAGCAGCUCAGACCCCCUACACAAGUCCAGUCGAUCCCCCGACAGAAGGACUGAGUUUUAAUUAUUCCCCACUGGAGAUCCGGGCACUCUAAGCCAACAACAGUACCAAGCCGCUCCAAUCAGGAAUUGGUAUUAAAGAGGCUUUGGAGUAGUACUUUGCAUUUGCCAGGAGACAGGAUGUUGUAUACUAACGCAAACAUUUACUCACUUUGUGUGUAAAAGUCUGAACAACACCGGGUGGAAGCAGAGUUCAUUCUACCUCGUAAGCGCCUCCCUAGGAAGUAGGCUUCAGAGGUGCCUUCAUGUCUUCUGUGAUGUCAGCAACUUUAUGCAAGCACUUGGUUUAUGCUGUGCCAUCAGGUCCAGUUAGAUGCAUGUAGACUAGAAGGCACACAAAAUAAAUGUGCUGUACUAACAAAAGUAAGAUGGUCUUUGACAUGCAUGUGGAUCCGGUUUGCCUUUUUGAAAUUGCAUUAAAAACUGGAACUAUC